AUGUCUUGCCUACUAUGGGAUUAUGACGAUAUCCCACGGUGUGCUCGUACGGAGAUAACCGCGCUAUAUCCGUUGGCAGUGGCGGCGCUUUCGUUGGCCUGGCUUAUCGUGACUUCCAUAGCUUCGUGUACUGGGAAGAAGAUUGAACUAGAUGAAUCCAGACCGCUUUUGGCUUCGCCUGAUGUGUAUGGGUCGGUAGAGCUGGCUGAAAGACCGGCUAACCAGCCAGAAAUUUCUUUGAGAGAACGCCAUUUCGAUAUGAUGAGAUUGCCUAAUACCAAUGAAGACGGAACGCCUCAUGGCCAGACUGUGGAACAACCUAAAUCGCUUGGCGAUAGGGCCAGGGUGUCGUUGGAGUUUGUGCUUGUGGCUUUGCAGCUUGCAAUGGCUGUGGCGACGUUGCUUUUAUCUGGAUUUUCCCAUGAAUGGAAGUCCCACUCGUUUGUUCAAGCAAGCUUGGUGUUCCACUGGGCAUACGCUUUUGCUUUGUGUUGCGCUAGAGUAACCAACAUGAAGAAACAAAAGAUCGCUUUGCCUAACUUGUGGGCUCAUUCUACGGCUUUGUACCUUUUCCAUGUCUUAUCUGCUGCGGUGUUUUUCCGUUCUGCCCUUAUUGGCCAUGUUAAACGUACGCCAGUGGCUUACUACUACGAAGCUGACUUUGCAAUUACCAUUGUGCUCGUGUUCCUUUCCAUUACUUGCAGUGUGGGCGAUAAACCUGCUAGAAUUUAUAUUACUUCUGAUGGUGUCAAGCCCUCGCCAGAGAACCUUGCUAGUCUUUGGUCUUUCUCUACGUACUCCUGGGUCGAUGAAAUGAUCUGGAGAGCCCGUAAAUCCUCUUUGGUUAUGGGUGAUAUCUGGGGAUUGCGUGAAGACGACUAUGCUUUGCACGUUCUUAAGGUGUUCGACUCUACCAAGCUGGCUGCUCGUUUUACCAUUCAGCUUUUCUCCCACUUCAAGUGGUUGUUUGCCCUCCAGGGUUUCUGGGCCUUGUGUGAAUCGAUCUUGGUGUUCUUCCCUACUCUUUUGUUGAAGAAAGUGUUGGAAUACGUUGAAGAUCCAUCCACAACUACCCGCAGUAUGGCUUGGUGCCUUGUGUUGCUCAUGCCUGCUUCUAAGUUGAUUGACUCUUUGAGUUCUGGCUUUUCCUUGUUUAUUGGUAGACGUGUUUGUGUUAGAAUGAGAGCUAUCAUCAUUGGUGAAGUGUACGCCAAGGCCUUAAGAAGAAAGAUCUCCAUCAAGGAUGUCAGUGACGACGAGCCUGCUUCUGAAGAUGAAGCUUCUGUGGGCUCUGAUGACAAGAAGAAGGACUCUGACGAGAAUGGAACCUCUGAUUUAGGUGCUAUUAUCAACUUGAUGGCUAUUGAUGCUUUCAAGGUUUCCGAAGUUUGCGGUUACUUGCACUUUUUCGUCGGUGGUACUUUGAUGCUUGUGGUUUGCACUGUUCUUUUGUACAACUUGUUGGGCUGGAGUGCCUUGGCUGGUUCUGCCGCUAUCAUUGUGUUCUUGCCAAUCAACUAUAAGCUUUCUCAAUGGACUGGUGAAGCUCAAAAGGAUAUGUUGAGUACCACUGAUAAGAGAAUCCAGAAGAUGAACGAGACCUUCUCCAGUAUCAGAAUCAUCAAGUUCUUCGCUUGGGAAAACAACUUCUUUGCCAACAUCAUGAAGAUCAGACACGACGAACUUUACUACCUUAAGAAGAGAAGUAUCUUGUGGGGUCUUCAGAGUUUCAACUGGUUUGCUAUUCCAACCAUCAUCACUGUGAUUUCCUUCUACUGCUACACCAUGAUUGAAGGUAAGCCAUUGACUGCUCCAAUUGCCUUUACUGCUUUGUCUUUCUUUACCCUUUUGAGAGCUCCUCUUGACCAAUUGGCUGACAUGACUGCCAUUAUUAUUCAGUCCAAGGUGUCUCUUGACAGAGUGAGUGACUUCUUGGAAGAGGACGAAACUUCCAAAUACGAGCAAUUGGGCCAAAAGCGUACUGAGAACUCUCCUGUUAUUGGUUUCGAAGAUGCUUCCUUCUCUUGGAACUCUACAUCUGACGCUGACUUUAAGUUGAGAAACUUGAACAUUGCAUUCAAGCCUGGUAAGUUGAACGUUGUUAUUGGCCCUACUGGUGCUGGUAAGACUUCCUUGCUUAUGGCUCUUUUGGGUGAAAUGGAACUUUUGAAUGGUAAGGUAUUCUUGCCUGGUAUUAUUCCAAGAGAUGAGUUGGUUAUUGACCCAACGACUGGCUUCACUGAAUCUGUCGCUUACUGUUCCCAAUCUGCCUGGUUGCUCAACGAUACUAUUAGAAACAACAUUAUCUUUUCCCAGCCUUACAUCCCAGAACGUUACGACAGAGUCGUCGAGGCCUGUGGUUUGACUCGUGAUUUGCAAAUUCUUCCUGCUGGUGACAAGACCGAGAUUGGUGAGAAGGGUAUUGCCUUGUCUGGUGGACAGAAACAGCGUAUUUCUUUGGCCAGAGCUUUGUACUCCAACUCUAGACACAUUUUGUUGGAUGACUGUUUGUCUGCUGUGGACUCUCACACUGCUUUGUGGAUUUACGAGAACUGUAUUUCUGGUCCUUUGAUGGCCAACAGAACAUGUAUUUUGGUUUCUCAUAAUGUUGCCUUGACUGUCCAGAAGGCUGAAUGGGUUGUUGUUAUGGAAGACGGGAAGGUCAAGGUCCAAGGAAGUGCCGACGAAUUGUUAGAUGGCGGCCACUUGGGCGAUGACGAAUUGGUUAGAUCUUCUGUGAUGAAUUCCCGUAACCAGUCAACUACUAACUUGCAAUCUUUGGACUCGAAGAACUCUGAAAUGAAGUCCAAGGCUGCCGUCAUUGAAAGCAAAUUGAAGGAUCUUGCUGGCGAAGAAGAACCAACUGAAGCCCUUCGUACUGACGGUAAGUUGAUCGAGGAAGAAGAGAAAGCCGAAGGUGUUGUUGGAUUAGACGUGUACGCAGGGUACAUUAAAGAGUUUGGUGGCUGGCCCACAUGGUCCAUUAUCAUCUUCACCUAUGGCUUCACUCAGCUUGUCUACAUUUGUCAAUCGUGGUGGUUGAAGAAAUGGGCUCAGGACACUCCUGAAACCAUUGCCAAGGUUAUGAAUGUUGUUGGAAUCACCGGCGAGUCUAUGCCUUCAAUUGUUAAGACUUUUGCUGCCAACACUAACUUGGCUAUUGCAUCGCUUUCUUCUGCUUACAAGCAGGCCUCAGACGCUGUUACCACUUUCAAGACUCACCACAUUGUUCAAUACUACAUUAUCUGGUACGCCUUGAUUGGUUUGGCUUACUCUGUGUUGGCAACCAUCCGUGUCUUUGUGUCUAUCUUUGCUGGUAUUAGAGCUUCCAACAGAAUUUUCAAGCGUGUGUUGACGAGAAUUUUGAGUGCCAAGUUGGGUUUCUUUGACAAGACUCCUCUUGGACGUAUUAUGAACAGAUUCUCCAAGGAUAUUGAAGCUGUUGACCAGGAAUUGACUCCAUUCGGUGAAGCUACUUUUGCAUGUCUCGUUUCAUGUAUUUCUAUCUUCAUCCUUAUUACGGUCAUCACUCCAGGUUUCUUGUUCUUUGCCGUCUUCAUCUCGUACUUUUACUACUUGAUUGGAUCGCUCUACAUCACUCUUUCGAGAGAAUUGAAGAGAUUCGACUCUAUCACCAAGUCGCCUAUCCACCAGCACUUCUCAGAAUCCUUGACUGGUGUUGCCACAAUCAGAGCUUACGGUGUUGAAUCCCGUUUCAUGAAGCAAAACUUGGCUGCUAUCGACGAGAACAAUAGACCAUUCUUCUACAUGUGGGUUGCUAACAGAUGGUUGGCUUUGCGUGUUGAUGCUGUGGGUUCUCUUGUCAUGUUGUUCGCUGGUAUUUUUGUCAUUUUGUCUAUUGGCAGAAUUGACGCUGGUUUGGCUGGUUUGUCUUUGUCUUAUGCCAUUUCCUUCUCAGAGAACGCCUUGUGGAUUGUUCGUCUUUAUGCCAACGUCGAGAUGAAUAUGAACUCUGUGGAGCGUUUGCAAGAGUUCAUGAAGGUUGACCAGGAGCCCCCAAGUGAGAUUCCAGAGACAACUCCAAAGCCAGAAUGGCCUACUAGAGGUGAGAUUGAGGUUAAGGACGUUUCCUUGAGAUACGCUCCUCACUUGCCUAGAGUCAUCAAGAACGUUACAUUCCACGUGGAGCCAUCCCACAAGAUCGGUGUCGUGGGUCGUACCGGUGCUGGUAAGUCUACCAUCAUCACUGCAUUCUUUAGAUUCUUGGACCCAGAGACUGGUUACAUCAAGAUUGAUGAUGUGGAUAUUUGCAGCAUUGGUUUGAGGAACUUGAGACAGGCCAUCACCAUUAUCCCUCAAGAUCCUACUCUUUUCACAGGUACGAUUCGUUCCAACUUGGACCCCUUCGACCAGUACUCGGACGCUCAGAUCUUUGAAGCCUUGAAGAGAGUCAACUUGAUUGGACGUGAAGAGACCGCCAGAGAUAUCGACAGUUCCCAGGAGAACAAGAACAAGUUCUUGGACUUGAGUUCUGCCGUUUCUGAAGGUGGUAACAACUUGUCGCAAGGCCAAAGACAAUUGAUGUGUCUUGCCAGAUCGUUGUUGAAGAGCCCUAAGGUGAUUUUGUUAGAUGAAGCCACCGCCUCGAUCGACUACCAAUCUGAUGCCAUGAUCCAGCAGACCAUCAGAGAAGAGUUCUCGGGCUCCACCAUUCUUACGAUUGCUCAUAGAUUGAGAUCGAUCAUUGACUACGAUAAGAUUUUGGUGAUGGACGCCGGUAAAGUUGUCGAGUACGACGAUCCAUACGCCUUGAUCGCCAACAAGGAGACCUUGUUCUAUAGCAUGUGUGAAAACAGUGGAGAGCUUGAAGUUCUCGCCAAGCUAGCCAAGGAGUCUUUCGUCAGCAGGAAAAACAAAAAUGAGACCCUUCAACACCAUGAAUACGUGGCUGUGCCUCGAGAAGAUGAUAUAGAAUCUGGUCUAGAAAACCUGACCACCGAUCUUUUGUCCACAGAGGUGAAUUUCUUGCCUCAGUUGGAAGAGGUACCACAGGGCAGGCACUUGGGGCUUUUUUCAACCAUAGUGUUGUUUGUCAGCCGGAUCUUGGGAUCUGGGUUUUUGGCUAUUUCAAGUGGAAUGUAUAACGAUUGUGGUCGUUCGCCGUUCUUCUUCUUUCUUUCGUGGAUCAUUGCAUGUGCUCUGGCGUUCGCUGGGCUCUAUGUGUAUCUUGAGCUAGGGCUGUUUAUCCCGAGAAGUGGAGGCACGAAGGUGUUUUUCGAGGUCAUUUACGAUAGACCGUAUAUGUUGGCCAGCGUGGUGAUCUCGCUUUACUCGGUGAUGUAUGGGUUCACGAUUCUGAACCUUUUGGUGUUUGGGGAGUACUCUUUGCACGCGUUUGGAAUCAAGACAUCUGAUUGGAACAUUCGGUUGGUGGGUCUUGGGUUUCUUUAUUUCACUUGUGCUUUUCAUGGAAUUAGCGUGCACCAUGGUGUUCGAGUCCAGAACUUUAUUGGUGGGCUUAAGUUGGUUUUAGCGGCAUUGAUCGUGUUGACAGGAAUAUGGGUUUCCGUGUUGCCGCUGAGUAUUACCAAAAUCGAGAACCAAUUGCAUUUUCAUGGAUUCUUUCCAGCUAAGAGUGAAAUAACUCCAGGUUCUUUUGCCAGUGCCAUUAUUAAAGGAACAUUUGCAUGUGCGGGAUGGAACUCUAUCCAUACCGUCACCAACGAGAUCAAAGACCCAAAUCGUACGUUGAAGAUUGCUGGUCCUCUUUCUUUGCUUAUCAUCACAAUAACCUAUAUCUUCAUCAACAUAGCAUACUUGGUGGUUAUCCCAGAUAAGGAAAUCAUGGAAAGUGGUCAAUUGAUAGGUUCUCUUCUUUUCGAGAAGAUAUUUGGAUACCGUAUUGGAAGACAGUUUUUGACCAUCGCAUCUGCUGUUUGCACGGCAGGCAACGUCUUUGUCGUUUUGUAUACCAUUUCUCGUGUCAGCCAGGAAGUGUUUAAAGAAGGUUUCUUGCCAUUUUCGAGAUUCAUGUCAUCUAAUUGGCCAGGAGACGCUCCAUUACCAACGCUAUUACUCAGUUGCACACUUUCAACCUUGGUUGUUGUUGGAGCGCCACAUGGCGACGUCUACAACUAUAUCGUAUCGCUUGAAAGUUAUCCACAACAAAUCUUUGUGGCUCUAUGUGCAUUGGGGAUAUUCAUCAUGAGAAAAAGACAUCCUCGUUUCAAGGCUCCUAUUAGGUCCACUAUCAUAGGCACAGUGGCGGUUAUUGUCAUGGAAUGGAGGACUGGAUCCCCUACCCAUACAUUGGGUUGCUAA